AAGUGGCACGAAGAUGGUGCGGCCGCGCUGGUCUCGGUUCUGGUCGCGCGCUGCCAGUGGCACGCGCUCUGCGUGCUCCGAGCCUGCUCAGCGCCGUCAGUCGUGCCAGCUGGCCAGCAAAAAAAGAAGACGGUCUCGAACCGCAGACCCCUGAUUUCUGGCCGACCCACCAUCUGACAAGCUGACUCUUGUCGUCCUGUGCCCAAAAUCCCCGCCUCAAGGCCAGAAGCGGGACUUGGCCUGCCGGGGAACCUUCUCCAUUCAAAGCAAUAAUGACAAUGAAUGGCGACAGCAUGCAGGACCUCGUGAGCACACCACCAAUGCACCUGAUGGACUUCUGUUCAAUGCCCGUGCAGUACGAGUGCGUGGUAGCCCCCAUGCCCACACACUAUGGGCCUUCAUCGGGUGCUGCUGCCUCUCAAAUGGCCACACCACCACAACCUCCGUUUUCACCUGUGAAUUCGGUGGUAGGGCCGGCGCACAACACACGCUCCAAGCGGGCCUCCAUGGAGUCGUGCAUGCGGCCUCAGUGCUACAUCUGUGGCAAGAAGUUUGAGAACCCCAUGCAUCUCCACACGCACAUGGAGCUCCACGCACCGUUUACGGGGGAGGGUCAGCCAAUGGUGUCUGGAGAAAACAACAAGAUGCCCCCGCUGUCGCUGCUGCCCAACCCACCACCACCUCCCCCACCACCACCACCGUCUCGUCGCAGCUCUUCAGGCAGGGGCUCCCAUCAGGGAACACUGCACUCCUGCUACAUAUGCACGAAAAAGUUUAAGCAGGUGGGCCACCUGAACAACCACGUGAGACUUCACACGGGCGAGAAGCCAUACGAGUGUCAGGUGUGCAAGAAGAAGUUCACCCAGAGUGGCCACCUGCUGAGCCACACGCGCAUGCACACCAACCACAGGCCAUACGAGUGCAAGUACUGCAACAAGAGCUUCACCCAGAGUGGCCACCUCAACAACCACGAGAGGCUGCAUUCGGGCGAGCGGCCCUACCAGUGCACAGUCUGUUCCAAGCGGUUCACCCAGAGUGGCCACCUGUCUAACCACAUGCGCCUCCACUCGGGUGAACGCCCCUUCGAAUGCCAGGUGUGCACAAAGACCUUCACUCAGAGCGGGCACCUGAACAACCACAUGCGCCUUCACACGGGUGGACGACCGCACUCAUGCCCUGUGUGCCAGAAGCGCUUCACCCAGACGGGCCACCUGAGCAACCACAUGCGCAUGCAUACAGGCGAGCGCCCCUACGACUGCCUCAUCUGUGACAAGGCCUUUGCUCAGAGUGGACAUCUGGCCAGCCACCUGCGCUCACACCAAGGUCUCACCCUGGGUGCAUCAAGCACGUCCUGCACAGGACGAAUGGGUGGCAUUCCACCACCACCGCGGCCAGCACCACACAUCAUCAAGUUGACUCCAGCUGCUCAAGGAGAGGAACAACAGCUGCAGAAUGAAGAGAAGCAACAGCAAGAAGAGCUACAACAGGACCAGCACCAGCAACAAUACCAGCAGCUGCAGCAGCAAACACUGCCAGGUUUGCCUGAGAACAUGCAUUCAGAUGAGAAUCCCCAGAAAGGAGCAUGGAAAACCAGUGAACAGAGUGCAGGCAUACAGAUGACUUGCAGGCCUCCAGUGGUGGUGCCACAGGAGAGCAUGCCAAGUUUGGAGCCAGUGCUGGCAUCCAUGAUCGAUAGGCAGCAGCACGGGAUCCAAACUAGCAUGCCAGGAGAUGUGGUGGUGGUGGAAACACAUGCUGGUGUGCCACACGAAAUGCAAGUAGAGGUUCAGAGGGACUCUCAUCACCCUGGCAAGUUGGCCAUGCAGCCUCAAGAUGUUGCAAGCAUGCGGGCUCGUAUGCAAGUGCACAUGCGUGCAAAUGUACCAGCCGAGAUGCAGACAAGAGUGCGGGCAGAGAUGGAACCACACCUAGACUGCCAACUAGACUUGGCACAAGACCCAAGGUACCAAUUGGAUUCUGAUCCACCUCUCUACCCACGAUACGACUCUGAGACCGAAACUGAUGACAGUGACGACAGCAACACGGAGACAGACACACAGACCCUCUAUGACAUGAUGAACAUGUCUAGCACCAGCUUAGAGACUUGA